CUGAAGAAAUUCGCCGCUCUGCGACUGAACUGAGACGAUAGAGAGCUUAGAAAAAGUACCCUGAGGUACAAUGAUUGUUGCAGUUGGACUUAAAGCUUUAAAUAAGUCUUUCGGAAGGAAUUAGUUAUAUUGUCAGGCUUUAGUGUGUUUGACGUUCUUCAUAUGUAAAUUGUGCAGCUUUAUGAAUAAUGAUAAGUUUCAUAGCCUGCUAACCUGACUCUCUAGCCUCGAAACAAACACAGACAGACACGGAAUUUGUUGCGGUUUUCGCUCUCACGAUAAAACUUAAAGGACGGAGUGUCAAGAAUAUAAUUAAAGAGCGGAAACGGCGCAAAUAGCGCCAUUUGUCUAUAGAAACGAAGUAAAUCAUCGGCGUCGGCUUGUUGGGUUUAGCCACUUUGCUAAUGAAAUGCUGCUCUCUGUCAGUUAGCAACUGAAUCCGGAUUGGCAAGCUAUAAUUGAGUCUCCUGUCAAGGUUGCUGAAAAUUAAACAAACUAUUUUAGGCUGGAACUGCAUCCUGUCUGAAAUCUUGACUGACUGCAGCAUCUCUUGUAGUUUGGUGUAGGGCAGGUAGCCAGCAGCUAGCUGAGGUAUCCAGGCUGGGAGAGAGAAGGUGCUGUGACACCGUUUCAAAUAUCAGGUGAAUUAAUGCUGUAGUACUUCAAAAGGUGCCCAGAGGGUCUGAUAUUGGAGCUUCACUUCAGUUUCACCACUCACCUAAGUCAAGAAAUGGACGAAAAUGGUGAGAGCAUGGUGGACAUAGUGAAGGACUCUUCAGUAAACUCUGCCUAUAGAUAUACUAAGGAUGAGCUUUUGGAAAUCAAAGAAUUGCCCAUUUCCAAUGAGAGGCCAGAGUGUCUUUCAGAGAAAUAUGAUAGUGAUGGAGUCUGGGACCCUGAAAAAUGGCAUGCCUCACUAUAUCCCUCUUCUGAAAACAACUGUCCAGCGGAAGGAUACAAGAAAGAUUAUACAGAGGACAGAGUUCCACUAAAACGCAGAAUUGCAGAUCCUCGGGAACGUGUAAAAGAUGAUGAUCUGGAGGUGGUUCUUAGUCCGCAGCGUCGAAGCUUUGGUGGUGGUUGUCAAGUGGCACCCGCCGCCCUCCCUCGCCGUCCCAUCAGCCCUCUGGAGAACAAAGAAAAUGAAUCACUCCGUCUGGGGGGCUCACGCCGCAUAGGGAGCGGCCGUAUUAUGCCAUCACGUGUAUUUGAAAGGGACCCACGACUCGACAAGGAAAGGGAGCGUGACUUUAAGGACAAGAGAUUUAGGAGAGACUUCGGGGACAAAAGAGUGUUCAGUGAGAGGAGAAGAAAUGACUCAUAUGCAGAAGAGGAGCCAGAGUGGUUCUCUGGUGGACCCACUAGUCAGUCAGAAACAAUUGAGCUCAUUGGCUUUGAUGACAAGAUCUUGGAGGAUGACAAACGAAGGACCAAACGCUCCAGAAAGAAGCCAGAUUUGGUUAAAGGCGUUGAAUGUAAUGGAGGGCUGUCUGAGGAUACUGGAAUAGUUCAAGAGUCAGGAGCUGAUCAAGAGGUUCCACAUGCCGAAGUUCUUACUGAGCAAACCUCUGGAGAUUUUGACUUCAAUGAGUUCUUCAAUCUAGAGAAGACCAUGCCUGGCCUGGCUUCGUGCGAACAUUCUCCAAAAUGCCAAUUUUCACCCCAUUGUGCUAAGCCGUCUACAGACACUCCUCACAUGAUUGAGAAUGUUCUCGGUGAGGGUCCAGUCUCGGCCAGCCGUUUCAGCCGCUGGUUUUCUAGUAACUUGAGUCCCUCCGGCAGCCGCUCCAGCAGUCUACGCUCCACCCCUCAUGAGGAGCUGGAGAGACUAGCAGGUCUCGAUCCUCAAACUGGAUCUCUGAAUCAGGGCCCCUCCCUAUAUUUCACCCCCAUCCCUUCAGUGGAACGUAAAGAGAAGGUUGACAUAAUGGAGCUGCUUCAUAAAGCAAAUAUCGACCUGAAACCUCUACUGUCCAGCCUGAAUGUCAAUAAGGCUCGCCUAAAGGAGAGCACAAACUCAGGGGUGGUGUUGUCUCUGGAGGAAGUAGAGGGAGGUCUGAAAGCUUUGAAGGUGCAGCCUGAACCGACUCCGUCACUACCUCAAAGGCAGCUGAGUGGAGGGGGAGGAACUCCCUUUAUGGCAGAACACCUGGAGGAGGCUCUCACUGGUGGAACCGGGUGUGCGCCAAGAUCACAAGACCCUGACAUGUCUGCAUUUAACAAGUUAGUGAGCAGCAUGAAGGCAAGUGGAACCCUGCCCACCCACCCCAAAGCCAGUGGGAGCAAUUUACAGCAACAGUCAGUGGAUCCUGCUCUUGUGCCCUUACCUGAGGCUCAAGUACCUGCCACUCAACAGAAAAACUUCUUUCAGGAGUUGAUGGUUGCCUCUCAUGGCCCUGUUCCUGGCCUCAUACACCACCGCACCUCACCCCCACUCUUCCCACAGAGACCUCCUAUGCAGGAUUUUUACCAAGGCAUACCAUCUGCAACAGGGUUCCCUUCUGGAUCACAAAUGGCAUUGGAUCAAAUGCAAAACUUGCAUAGAGUCAGGGCCACUUCACAGCAGAUGAGAGCUUUGCACAUGGGUGUGGACCACACCAAUCUGGAAGCUUCAUUCCAGCACGAUCUGGCAGCACUUAACCGGCAACGGUACCAACAAUGCUACAACGAACAGGCUCAUGAUAAGGCCUAUCGCAACAGACAACCUCAGAUGAACCGUUCUCCUGGGCCUCACCAGCCUGGAUGGAGCUCACCUGGCAAUGCAGUUACUAGUGUGCUGUCUCCAUCCUUCACUCCGACCUCUGUGAUCAAGAAGAUGUACGAGUCAAAAGAGAAAAUUCGAGAUGAUCCUGGGAGCAGCCCAGGGAGCAAAGAAGAGACUGUGAACUCUCAUAACUCACAGGAGGAUGGGCCUGCAUCACCCAGUUCCUUUCUGGAAGAUGUGGACACCAGUGGUCCUCAGAUUCGUGGAGUAAAGGUGUGCUCCACCCCAGUCCCUCCACACAGUCGUCAUAGUAAAGAUCCAGACCGUCCCAGACCUCCUUCCACAACCGGCAACCACACUCCCAUGCUUUCCCCAGGACCCUCUUCUCCCUUCCCUAGACCCCAGCUGUAUCCAGUCCCUCUGCUUCCCCACGUCCCCUUGGUCAGACCUCCUCCACAGCUUCACCCUGGUGUGAUGCAGAGGAUGCUGGCUCAGGGCAUCCAGCCUCAGCAGCUUGGACCCACAUUGUUACAGACAGGCAUGUUCCCUCAGGCUGUAGACCUGUCUCAGCUGCAGGGUCUUCCUCCAGCACUCUUAGGGCAGCCUUUGUAUCCGCUUGGUCCUAUCGGGCAUCCACUCAUGGCCCCUAGGGCUGCAGGACCACACAUGCAGUUAGCAGUCAUGCAGCAACAGCUUCAACAACAGCAGAGACCCAAUCUGCAUGUAGGUCCAUCAGGUAGUCCCCAGUCACAGAGUCAUGGUCCACAUCGGACAAACCAUUCUCAGCGAAGAGGGUGUAGCCCUCCUCUUGGCCUGGCCAAGUGGUUUGGCUCUGAUGUGCUGCAACAGCCCCUCCCUUCCAUGCCUUCUAAAGUAAUCAGUGUUGACGAGCUUGAGUUCCGCCAGUGAUGACUUCCUGUGACCGUUUAGUGGGAGUAAAGCAAGACAUCCCUUCCGUUCCCCACUGUCCUCCUGUAGUUGAAGAGAUGUGAACUUUGAUUUCUACCAUUUUAUGUACAGAUGUCAGAGCCCUGUCUAAUUUUGUGCUUUGUCUGAAACCUUGCAGUUACUUAUUUUUUUUUGAGAAGGCCUAGAAGUUAAGGAAAAAGGGAAAGGAUUAGUUUUUUCCUGAUGCUUUUGUCACAAAGUAAUGUAGUUUCUCAGUUUUUCUUUUGUAUUAUGUUAUUGACUUCAGUUUUUGCAGUAAAGAAAGUAAAUAAUGUAUAGGCCUGAAUUGUAUAGACUAUGGGAAUGGAUUUUUUCCCCACUAUGUACAUAGAAUUGUUUUUUGUUUUUUUUCUUUAUCUGGCUAUAUGUGGGGAAGGUUGUCCUGCUUUCAGGCAAAGAAUAGAGGCACUUUUGUUUUUUUUUUUGUUUUUUUUGUCGAGUCACAAUGUCUGCACAAUGUUCCGUGUUGGAUCUGGUUGGGAAAGGACAGCAUUGCUGAUUUGUUGGAAUGGAGAUGUUCGCAUGUGUAGCGAUUAAAUGCAUCCCAGUUUCAGAGAUACAUGCCCCUAACUUUUGCUGGAGCAUUGAAGCCGGAAUGUUCUGCAAGAACAGGGCAAGGGGACACUUUGCACCGUAUGCAGAGAAUGCUAGUUGUGCCUUUUCUUUUCUUUUUUUAAAAGAAGAAACCCUCCCCACCAUCCUCCCCCUUGCCAGUCUUCUUGUCACUAAAUGAGAAGCACUGCUCUGAAUCACAUUUGUUUUAGGGUGGCAGGGGUCGGCAAUUAUGUAAUGUGCUAUUAAUUUAAGAAGCACAAAUAGAGUUAAUAAAUAUAAAAAGUCAUUCACAUAAAA